CAGUCGUGUGCGGUCUGUCAUUUGUUUCACCGCGGAUUAAUUUCGUUUAUUUACUCCUCGUUAUUGUCAUCGCCUCCCUCCCGUCUUCAGCGGCAGACCGGUAAAAAGAAGAAAAAAAGGGGGGAGCUCAGCGGAAUCGACGGGAGAUUAAUUUGCGGUCCGCUAUCCAUCCACGCGGACUCCAUUCAGUGGUUUCGAACGACGAGAGGAGUCAGCCAGGUCUCCCGGAUGACCGCCAGAUCCGUCCACGUGAGAGAGCAAACCCCCAGAGAGAUCGUACCAUCGCGGAAACGACGACGUUAACUUCCGAUGGAAUUCGAGGAGCACACUACGCGGAUGAGUUAUUAUUGUUAGAUUACAAUUCGUCACGGGAAUCGCGAAGUUCUUCAUGGUGGAGCCGCCGCACGAGUUUUCGUCGUCGCCGUAGUGAAAGAAUCCGUCCGAUCGCAACCUCGCUGCGCGAGAACGUGCGAUCUUCAAAUUACUAUCUUCCCGAAAAAUCCGCGCGACGUAGAUUCGCGAUAUCAGUAAGACUAACAGUAUAUAUAAUCACCGUAUUUAAUCGGCGAAGAUCAGUCGGUCAUUGUAUCCUCGCGCGGGCCGCGGGGUUUAUCGGGAUCGCGAUUCGUCUAGAUUUUUGUCUGGGAAACUUGCAAAUCAUACUUGGAUAGAUUUAAUAAUCUGCUGAUAAGUUAUUAUCUCGUUAUAUUAUAAAUGUAGCCUUUACGAGAGAGAAAAGACAGAAGGGUACGAGAGACCUUGGGUAGAACUCUCAGUAUAUAAUUCUCGCUCGAUCGGAACUCACGUGAGCGCAUCGUGCUCCACGAGAAGAGGGGAAACAGAAAGAGACAGAGAGAAAAUAAAGGCCUCUAACGCGCGAGAGUUUAAGCUGGAUCGUAGAAUAAGGAAAUAAUUCGCGCGUUCAAUUAAACGAGGGGAACGACAUUUCCAUAUGCGCGGAGUGACAAUGUAAAUCCGGAGGAUUCGGUGCACUUCAAACGUCAUCAGAGAAAGAAAUAAAGCAAGUUUCUUUGCAAGUCAAACAUCUUCGCGUCCACGUUUCAAUUCGCAAGAGAUCGCCAUGGGUCGAGCGGAGAAAAUCCAGUCGGGCAAUCCCAUGACGGAAUUUAGUAGCAGCACAAAGAUUGCUCCGAAUAUUGGUGAAUAUUCGGAAAGGGAUGAAUUGUAUGAUCCCUUCGAGCAUCGUGACAAACGACAUGCGACUUCGGAUCUGGGAGCCUUGGCGCACCUCCUGAAAUCCUCUCUGGGGACAGGAAUUCUGGCUAUGCCGCACGCGAUAAAGAACGGCGGGCUACUGUUCGGCGGGAUCGGCACGAUUAUAAUUGGCAUAAUUUGCGCCCAUUGCGUGCAUAUACUGGUGCGUUCAUCUCACGUGCUCUGCCGGCGGACCAAGACGCCGCAGAUGACGUACGCCGAGACGGCGUACGCGGCCUUUCUCUGUGGUCCGAAGUCGCUCAGGCCUUGGGCCCACAGCAGCAAGAUAUUCGUGAACACGGCGCUGUGCGCGACAUACGUGGGUGGGUCGUGCGUUUACGUCGUGUUCAUUUCUAAGUCCCUUAAGCAGAUCGCGGAUUUCCACACCAACAGGGAAAUGGACAUACAAUUGUUCAUCCUCUCACUGAUCCCGGCCUUGGUGCUGCUCGGUCAAGUGCGUGAUUUGAAGUACAUGGUGCCGUUCUCGAUGCUGGCGAACACCUUCAUGAUAACCGGCUUCUCAAUCACGCUCUACUACAUCUUCAGUAGUAGCGACCUGCAAUCGUUCAAGAACGACAAGCUGUUCGCCUCGGUGGAGCAGCUGCCCCGUUUCUUUGCGACUGUGAUAUUCGCCAUCGAAGGUAUCGGCGUUGUGAUGCCCGUGGCUAACAACAUGAAACAGCCGCAGCACUUCCUGGGAUGUCCUAGCGUACUCAACGUCACGAUGUCGAUAGUCGUCGGCCUUUACGCUAUGAUGGGCGUGUUCGGUUAUGUCGCAUUCGGCGAGAAAUCGGAGGCCAGCAUCACGUUAAAUUUACCAACGGAGGAAAUUCUGGCACAAGUAGUAAAGGUCCUCAUUGCCGCGGCCGUCCUCUUCACUUAUGGCCUGCAGCUUUUCGUGCCGCUCGAGAUUAUAUGGGAUUCCGUAAAGCCCUUCUUCAGUCAUAGGUACGCGGCCAGCGGUGAGGCGAUGCUAAGGAUAUGCAUCGUCAUAUUAACAGUGGUCAUGGCGAUACUAGUACCCGAUUUGGAUCCGUUCAUUUCGCUAGUCGGUGCAAUAUUCUUUUCUAUCCUCGGCAUCAGCAUUCCAGCCGUUGUCGAGACGAUUUCGUGCUGGGAAAGCCAUUUGGGCAUCUUUAAGUGGCGGUUAUGGAAAAACAUUGUAUUAGUUACGUUCUCGUUAUUAGCGUUAAUAUUUGGCUCGUGGAUCUCAGUUCAAGAUAUAAUCGAGCUUUAUAGCAGUGAUAAAAAGUAAUAUUUUAUUUAGUGAUUUAUCUCGAUUUUCUUAUACAACUGGAAUUCCAGUGUCGACAAGAAACGCAACGAAGUUUUUAAUGAAAACAACUAUAAUUAGUAUACAAGAUACAUUUUUAUACAAGAUACAUCUCUUGCGUUUGUAUUUGACUCGUGGAUCUCAGUGUUAGAUAUAUAAUAAACUAUUAUAGUUGAUAAUAAAUUUUAUAAAUUUACUGUUUUA